AUGAAGACCGACGUCUGGUCAUUCUUCCUGCUUGCGUUUGGUUUCUCUACACUAUUCGCAGCUGCUAUGGACGUCACGAAACAAGCGACGCCGAGCCAAAGUGAGAUUCUCGCUGCUGACGGAUACCCUGGGCGGUUUUCGUACAACUCGAACGGCAUCUUUGACCACUCGGUGCGAUUGCUCACGCAGCUUCGAACCCAUUUCCGCUCCCACGACGCUAAGAUCGUCAAGCCUUCGCAGCCGACGUUGGUGAGGAUGCUGUUGGCGGAAGCUUUUUACACCGCUCCCGGGGAGCCACGCUUUCUGCAUCUAGGAACAGUCGUACACAAGGGCGAUGAAGCGUACAAAGGUUGGGGUCUAGCUCUACCAAUGUCAGCAAGUGGCUCAUCGACUAGAACGAACAUCGAAGGAUUUGCAUUGUUUACCGUCUACCCGAAGUAUGUCGACAACACCGGUCAUGUCGUUCUCGAGCCACAGGUUUAUCUGCAUGGCUAUGUUCAUGUGCAAAACGUAGACAACAUUCUUCGUCACGGAGGCUCCCCCCAGAAGAACGGAGGCGAGCGGCCCUUCCCAGGUGCCUUUGUGUCGCUGGAUACUGUCUUUGCUGACGUUCGUCAUGCCCCUGUUCAAAUUCGAGUGUGA